AUGGCGUCGCUGCCGUCUCCUCUCGACCUCCAGGCCAUGGCGGCGACUCAGGAGAACACUCUCACGGGUCUCGCCCCGCGAGACACUACUGUCCCCAUCGUCACAACUUCCUCAGUCCUCGGCAUCACCUACAAAGACGGCAUUCUCAUGGUGGCCGAUACGCUCGCCUCCUACGGCCGGAUGACGCGCUUCAAGGACACGUCCCGGUUCUUUACUCUGGGGACGCACACGGCUGUGGCGUCUACCGGCGACUACUCGGACCACCAAAUGCUCGAAAGGACGCUCUCGCGGUAUGCCUUGAAAGACUUUCUGCACGACGACAACUCUGUCAGGACUGCCCACCAGUACGGGGCGCUACUCUCGCGUCUCAUGUACCAGAAACGCAGUCGAAUGAACCCCUGGUGGCUGAGCGUCAUCGUGGGCGGGUAUCAGGGCGAGAGGACAGAGACUCGCGAGGUCUCAGACAAAUGCGCGAAACCUUUCGUUCUCGGAUACGUCGACAUGUACGGCACAUUCUACGAAGAAGACGUCAUCGCCACAGGCCUCGGGCGCUACUUCGCCAUCACCCUCAUGAGGAACCGCCAUCGCCCAGACAUGUCUGAGGACGAGGCAAGGCAGCUGCUUGAGGAGUGCAUGCGGCUUCUCUUCUACCGCGACUGCGGAGCAUCGAACCGCAUCCAGUUCACCAAGAUCACCACCUCGGGCGUCACCGUGGAAGAGCCCUACGUCAUCGACAGCAAAUGGGAUUACGAGCACUACGUGAAGAAGACGAUGGACAUGGGUCUGGCGGGGUGCGCGUGGUGA